GCAAAGAGAAAAAUGAAAAUAUUUUACAUUUGAAAGAACAAUAGAACCCGCGACGGUCAUCGACAAGCCUAUGAAUAUGAUAAAUAUUUUCUCCAGUUCAUUCGCCGGCGCGAUACAACGGCGAGCUUUCGCCGUACUUUCUAACCGUAUCCUUAGCUGCGGGUGGCGCAGCCUCUCGUCGUCCGCCGCUCCUAAGAGAGUCGGCACACACGACGGCAAAUUCCACUGCGAUGAAGCGCUCGGCUGCUUCAUAAUCCGUCGCACCGCCAAAUUCUACGACGCCGACAUCGUUCGCUCUCGUGAUCCCCUGGUUUUGGAAAAGCUCGACGCCGUGCUGGAUGUUGGAGGAGUUUACGAUCCGAGCAGAGACCGAUACGAUCACCAUCAGAAAGGUUUUGAGGAGGUUUUUGGUUGCGGAUAUGUGACUAAGCUCAGCAGUGCUGGCCUUGUCUAUAAGCAUUAUGGAAAAGAAAUAAUUGCGAAAGAGGUUCAGUUGGACACAGACCAUCCUGAUGUGCAUCGCUUAUUUCUUACAGUCUACAAGAACUUUAUAGAGGCUGUUGAUGCUAUAGACAAUGGAAUCAGUCAAUACAACACUACUCAGCUUCCAAGGUUUGUAAAUAAUACAAGCUUGUCAUCAAGAGUGGAAAGACUAAAUCCUGACUGGAUAUGUCCAAAUCAAUCCCUUGCAGAAGAGGAUGAAUCCUUUCAACAAGCAAUGAAAGUAGCUGGCAAUGAGUUCCUAGAGGUUCUACUUUGGAAAUUCCGUAUUUUAUGGAUCCUAUGUAUCAAUUUUCAUGCUAAAUCAUGGUUGCCAGCUCGAUCGGUUGUCAUGAAUAGUCUCUUGGCCAGGAAAAGUAUAGAUUCAAGUGGUGAAAUCAUUAUGCUAACGAAUUCAGUACCUUGGAAGCUUCACAUUUUUGAACUUGAGAAGGAACUGAAGAUCACUCCUAGCAUCAAAUAUGUUGUCUAUGCGGAUGACAGGAGCGAAAAGUGGCGCUUGCAAGCUGUGGCAGUUGGACCUGAUAAAUUUGAUAGUCGCAAACCUCUCCCACCUUCUUGGAGGGGCUUGAAUGAUGAUGAACUUUCACAAGUUUCAGGAAUUAGUGGCUGCACCUUUGUGCAUAUAAGUGGAUUUAUUGGAGGAAAUAGAACUUAUGAUGGUGCUCUAGCAAUGGCAAGAACAUCUUUGAUGCUAGCAUGAUAGAGAAUUCAACUCAACUUAGGAAUUUGUUUUGGAAGAAUUGUCACAUUGGUUUAUUGGGAUGUAAUUCAAAAGUUAGUUUCCCCUCCCAACUGCACUCAGGCACUUUACAUGAAUGAAGACUGUAAGAAAAAUUUCUCCCAAA